CCUGUUCAGCCCGCCCGGCUCCCCGGCCCUCGCCGCGCGCUUUCUCCGACAGCUGCUGCGGGAGUCGCGUCCUGACCGUCUGUCCCCUGGGGUCAUCGCCCGCCGCUGUCGCGCCAUGACCACCCAGCAGAUAGUCCUCCAGGGAUCCGGACCAUGGGGCUUUCGCCUUGUGGGCGGCAAGGACUUUGAGCAGCCUCUCGCCAUUUCCAGGGUCACUCCUGGAAGCAAGGCUGCUCUAGCUAAUUUAUGUAUCGGAGACGUGAUUACAGCCAUCGAUGGGGAAAAUACCAGCAAUAUGACGCACCUGGAAGCUCAGAACAAAAUCAAGGGCUGCACAGACAAUAUGACGCUCACGGUAGCCAGAUCGGAACAUAAAGUCUGGUCUCCUCUAGUGACUGAGGAAGGGAAACGCCAUCCCUACAAGAUGAAUCUAGCUUCUGAACCCCAAGAGGUCCUGCACAUAGGAAGUGCCCACAACCGAAGUGCAGUCCCCUUUACUGCCUCACCUGCUUCCAGCACUGCCCCCAGGAUCAUUAAAAACCAGUACAACAACCCAGCUGGCCUCUACUCUUCUGAAAACAUCUCCAGCUUCAACAAUGCUGUGGAGUCCAAGACUGCAGCCAGCGGGGAGGAGACGAAUGGCAGACCCUUAGACCAUCCUCAGCCUUCAGGCGGCCUUGCCAUCAGCAAAGAAUCUGAAGUUUACAAGAUGCUUCAGGAGAAACAGGAGUUAAAUGAGCCCCCGAAACAGUCCACGUCAUUCCUGGUUUUGCAGGAAAUCCUAGAAUCAGAGGAAAAAGGGGAUCCCAACAAACCCUCAGGAUUCAGAAGUGUUAAAGCUCCAGUCACCAAAGUGGCCGCCUCGAUUGGAAAUGCUCAGAAGUUGCCUAUGUGUGACAAAUGUGGCACCGGUAUUGUCGGAGUGUUUGUGAAGCUGCGGGACCACCACCGCCACCCUGAGUGCUACGUGUGCACCGACUGUGGCACGAACCUGAAGCAGAAGGGCCAUUUCUUCGUAGAGGAUCAAAUCUAUUGUGAAAAGCACGCCCGGGAGCGCGUCAUACCCCCCGAGGGAUACGACGUGGUCACCGUGUUCCCCAAGUGACGCAGCAGACGUGCGCCCACAGCUGACCUCCAGCUGGCCUCGCCACACCUUGUCCUCUGAGUGUUCUGGACCCCCUCCUGCUCAGAGCUCUGUGCGUACUUGACCCGGUUCUGCCCCUGCUCCUUCAGCGCUGAGUUCCGCUCCGUGGCUGGCUGACUCACUCUGGCUGUGGGGCGCCUGCUAUGGAAAAGUGUUUUGUCAUUGUCCCCUCGCCGGCAUCACUGUGCAUCUCCCUCACCUCCGCUCUUCUCCGCUGCAGACGGACAUCAGUCAAGUUUGAACCAAUCCAAAUUUAACAUGUUUGACAUUAAUUUUGUUUUUACUCAAUAAAUAAAUUUGUAGACUGUAAAACAAAA